AUGCAGGCAGCGAAGAAAGCGGUGGAGAAUGUGAAGGAGACCGCCGCGAACAUUGGCGCCUCUGCAAAGUCUGGGUUGGAGAAGACGAAGGCCACUCUCCAAGAGAAGAGUGAGCAGAUGAGUGCACAUGAUCAGAGGGAGAAGGACAUGGCGACUCAGAAGAAACAUGAGAAGAUAAAUCACGCUGAGAUGGAGAAGCACCAGGCGCGUGAGCACAACGCGGCCGUCAAACAUUCUGCUCUGGCUGCACAGGCCCACGGGGCCGGGACUCAUUCUGAGGCAGACCACACCACUGGGCCCAGCCUAUCUGGGCCUGGGUCUGACAAUGUUACCUACACUGGGUCAGGGACUGAGACUUCCAUCUUUAACAGAUUUGGGCCUGGGGCCGAUGCGAUUCUCCCAGGUAAUGGGCAUGGACCUGAUUCUGCCUCGUAUUGCACUGUUGAAUUUGGACAAAUUGGAUCUAACCAGAUGGUAGCAAUGCCUGGGCCUGAUCAUGGGUGUGUUAUUGGGCACGGGGCUGAACCUGGGCCUGGGCAUGGAGGACUUCCACCGAUGGAGACUAACACUGGCGUGGAUACUACGACCCAGACUAGCAUUGGGGGAGGAAAUGCUCCAACGAGUGGGCCUACUUUCAGUUGA